UAGCGGCCCUUGCCGGUGCGGGGCGCCGUCCUGGAGCCUCAGCCUAGGGUGCCCGCAAUAGCUGCUGUCCUAGCGCCUCGAAGGUCCACACCAUUGGCAACGCCUCCGAAACCGAGUCUGAACAACUAGCCUGGCUCAGCUGUUCCGGCCGGUCCUGCUGCCGAAAGGCCCGGCACGCCCCUCUGCAGUGCAGCCUAGGGAGGCUGGACAGACCCCUGCGAGCGGAGAUUGCAGCGAUGGGUCCCAGCUCCCCUGUCCCUGAGUUGCCACGUCUGAUAGCAAAGGCUGCAGUGACAGUUCUUGAGUCACCUUAACAAUAAAAGUAAAUGCUAAUGUAUCUGUACCUUGUCUCAAUCGGCACUCUAUAAACAUUUGGCUCGGUACUAGCUACCUUAGUAAGACCUCAUCUUCCCUUGCGAGGGAGAGAGCACUGGCAGCUGCUGGGUAAUUUGAAGACGACUGUGGAAGGUUUGGUGUCAGCGAACUGCCCCAAUGUCUGGUCCAAGUAUGGUGGCCUGGAGCGGCUGUGCAGGGAUAUGCAGAACAUCCUGUAUCAUGGGCUCAUCCAUGACCAAGUGUGCUGCCGCCGGGCGGAUUACUGGCAGUUUGUGAAAGACAUUCGGUGGCUCAGCCCGCACUCAGCCCUUCAUGUUGAGAAGUUCAUCAGUUUGCAUGAGAGCGGCCAGAGCGACACUGACAGCGUGAGUGAGCACGCUAUUGCAGAGCUGUGGUUGCAGCACAGCCUGCAGUGCCACUGCCUCUCAGCCCAGCUCCGGCCUCUGCUUGGGGACAGACAGUACAUCAGAAAAUUCUACACAGAAACUGCCUUCCUGCUGAGUGACGCCCACGUCACAGCCAUGCUCCAGUGCCUGGAAGCAGUGGAACAGAACAGUCCCCGUCUUCUGGCUCAGAUCGAUGCAUCCAUGUUUGCCAGAAAGCAGGAGAGCCCGCUGCUGGUCACAAAGAGCCAGAGUCUGACCGCUCUGCCUGGUUCCACAUACACCCCUCCAGCUAGCUAUGCUCAGCAUUCCUACUUUGGGUCCUUCUCCAGCCUUCAGUCCGUGCCACAGUCCAGCCACAGCUCAGAGAGAAGAUCUACUUCCUUUUCGCUCUCUGGCUCUUCCUGGCAACCUCAAGAAGACAGAGAAUGCCUCUCACCAGCAGAGACUCAAAACACCCCAGCUCCGCUGCCUUCAGACUCCACUCUAGCCCAGGAUUCCCCACUGACAGCACAGGAGAUGAGCGACAGCACUCUGACUAGCCCCCUAGAGGCAUCCUGGGUCAGCAGCCAGAAUGACUCCCCAAGUGAUGUCAGUGAGGGGCCCGAGUACCUGGCCAUUGGCAACCCAGCCCCCCAUGGCCGGACUGCCAGUUGUGAGAGUCACAGCAGCAAUGGCGAGAGUGCCAGCUCUCACUUGUUCUCCUCCAGCAGCUCUCAGAAGCCGGAGUCUGCUGCCUCUUCUCUAGGGGACCAAGAGGAAGGCAGGCAGAGUCAGGCAGGCAGCGUCCUUCGCAGGUCCAGCUUCUCAGAAGGGCAGACAGCCCCAGUCGCCAACGGGACAAAGAAGAGCCAUAUUCGCUCCCACUCGGAUACCAACAUUGCCUCCAGAGGAGUUGCAGGAGGCCCCAGGAAUAUCACCAUUAUAGUUGAAGAUCCCAUUGCAGAGGGUGGUCAGUACCUCUGCUCAGGAGAAGGCAUGUUUAGAAGACCGUCAGAAGGACAGUCCCUCAUCAGUUACCUCUCUGAGCAAGACUUUGGCAGCUGUGCAGACCUGGAAAAGGAAAACGCCCACUUCAGCAUCUCCGAGUCCUUGAUUGCCGCCAUCGAGCUGAUGAAGUGCAACAUGAUGAGCCAGUGUCUAGAAGAGGAGGAAGUAGAGGAGGAAGAGAGUGACCGAGAGAUCCAGGAACUGAAGCAGAAGAUCCGCCUUCGGCGCCAGCAGAUCCGCACCAAAAACUUGUUACCUGUGUACCAGGAGACUGAGAAUGGAAGCUUCCGGGUCGCCUCCAGCAGCUCCCAGUUCAGUUCACGGGAUUCUACAGAGCUCUCAGAGUCCGGCUCUGCUGAGGAAGCUGACGACUUGGAAAUCCAAGAUGCUGACAUCCGGAGGAGUACAGUCUCAAACGGCAAAUCGUCCUCCUCCCAGAAUUUCUCCCACUGCUUCCUGCACUCCACAUCGGCUGAGGCAGUGGCCAUGGGGCUUCUGAAGCAGUUUGAGGGGAUGCAGCUUCCGGCCGCCUCGGAGCUCGAGUGGCUAGUCCCAGAGCAUGACGCUCCACAGAAGCUCCUGCCUAUCCCUGACUCCCUGCCCAUCUCACCAGACGACGGGCAACAUGCGGACAUCUACAAGCUGCGGAUCCGCGUCCGUGGCAACCUGGAGUGGGCUCCGCCCCGGCCACAGAUCAUUUUUAACGUUCAUCCAGCCCCCACGAGGAAGAUUGCUGUGGCCAAGCAGAAUUACCGCUGUGCGGGAUGUGGCAUCCGGACCGACCCCGAUUAUAUCAAGCGGCUGCGGUACUGUGAGUACCUAGGCAAAUACUUCUGCCAGUGCUGCCACGAGAACGCCCAGAUGGCCGUCCCCAGCCGCAUUCUGCGCAAAUGGGACUUCAGCAAGUACUACGUCAGCAACUUCUCCAAGGACCUGCUCCUGAAGAUCUGGAAUGACCCCCUCUUCAAUGUGCAGGACAUCAAUAGCGCCCUCUACAGGAAGGUCAAGCUGCUCAACCAAGUCCGGCUGCUGCGGGUUCAGCUGUACCACAUGAAGAACAUGUUUAAGACGUGCCGACUGGCCAAAGAGCUCCUGGAUUCCUUUGACGUGGUUCCAGGCCACUUGACAGAGGACCUCCAUCUGUACUCGCUGAACGACCUGACUGCAACCAAGAAGGGAGAACUAGGGCCCCGGCUGGCUGAGCUCACCAGAGCGGGAGCCGCCCAUGUAGAGAGAUGCAUGCUGUGCCAGGCCAAGGGCUUCAUCUGCGAAUUCUGCCAGAAUGAGGAGGACGUCAUCUUUCCUUUUGAGCUGCAUAAGUGCCGGACCUGUGAAGAGUGUAAAGCGUGUUACCAUAAAACCUGCUUCAAGUCUGGACGCUGCCCACGGUGUGAGCGACUGCAGGCCCGACGGGAGCUGCUGGCCAAGCAGAGCCUGGAGUCCUACCUGUCUGACUAUGAGGAGGAGCCCACAGAAGCCUUGGCUCUAGAGGCCACCGUCCUAGAGACCACCUGAGGAAUGCACCAAGGCCUUUGUGUAAGGGUCUGGCGAGGGUCAGAUAGAGACUGAGCCACACCUUCAAGGAAGGUGGGGCCUUUAAAAAAUAUAUAUAUUGUCAUUUUUUAUGACUUGUCUGCUGUCCAAGUGUAGGCAACCUUUCUUGGUUGAUGGAUCCAGUCUAUUGUGACAGCUGCCUGUGGGCACUGGGUAUUUUCAUCAGAAUUGACACGUGGUGUGCCUCAGGUCAGGGAGACCCAGUUCUGACCCACUCGGCUUCUUCCACUAGGACCAGAUCUGGUUACAGCUGCAGCUAACGAGCAUUCCCACUGUUGACUUAGUUCCUCAGCGUCUGAGCCAGGCCUCUCUCAGUCAGCGACUUUCUCCUUUGCUGCUAAAGCAGAAUGGUCUUUUCUCAGUUCUAGUCCUAACAGAGACUAAGACUGUGCCCUGAGGCACGGGGGAGAAAGGGGGGAUACAGCGGGCAUUCUGUCUGACCACUUUGGCAUACGGGGGCAGAGCAGAUAGGCACGGGAGAGAAAGGGGUAUACAGCGGGCAUUCUGUCUGACCACUUCGGCAUACGGGGGCAGGGCAGGUAGGAACAGAACUAUCCUUGCUCUAGCAUCCUCGGGAACUCAAGGGGCAACCAUGACAUCCCUGUUUCAAAUAUUCCUGGCAUAGGUGGGCACAAGCUGGUUUGUGUACUCUGGUGGGCUUGGAGCAAAGACCAGAUCUGAGUCUUAGGUCAGGCCACAAGCCUGUAAAUGCAGCUGCAGCUGGUUCUUCAGGAGCGGCUUUUUCAGAUAGACACCUCCUCGGGGGUGGUCAGUCUCUUAGUUAACUAUCCUGAGUGCAGGUGUGCUUCGUGCUCAGGCAAGUUCCUGAUGCAGCCUAAGGCGAGGAUAGAAACCCCACCCACCAUCUUAAUAGUGGGUUCCUUACUGCUCUGUACAACUAUGUGACCACCGUGGUUCUAAGUACAGGUAUGACCCAACUCCAUGCUCUGUCCCCUUCCCCCAGAGAGCUGCAGCCCUUCCUCUUGGCUGACCUCUUGCCUUAGUUUCUUUUCUCAGAGUUGGGGGAAGCCGGCCCACUAGUAGCACUAACUAAAGCACUUGGCCGUUUGUGAAUGUGUCUGUUUGCUCUGAGUAACAGGACCUUUAUGCAGUUAACUAACUCUUGAGCUUUGUAAUGUAUGUCGAACCAUCCAUUUCAUGGCACUAAUUUUAAUAGACUCUUACCCUAUCACCUAAUGUGCAUUUUUGUGGGAAUUGCCUGGACUAGGCUGCACAUGAUGGUGGUGAUGUCUGAGUUGCUGCAGCACCGACCUUGGUAAACACUGGUCAGGUUCUGAGAACUAACAUCCACGGCCCUCUUGUUCUGGAGCUGGCCUGUGGCUUCCUGUACUUGACCGCUAGUAAAAUCAUUGGUCCAGUGGCCCAAGCCGUCAAAUGGAGUUGCAUGUUGUUGUUGGAAGCUGACUGGUAGCUGUGCUUAGAGGGAACGAGGGAUCUCCCAGAGAGGCAGAAGGGGCAUGACGUAACAGCCAAGCUGAGCUCCAGCAGGGCAAGAGGGAACACGCCAGGCUAGUUCCAAGGUGUGGCUCCUCCGCCUCAUACUUGGGAUCUAACAGCCACAUGGACUGGAUGACCGAGACUGCUCUUAGCAGUCGAUAAGGCAGAAAGCCAAGGCCAAAGCCAGUUCUGCAGAGCUGGUUAGAAAUCCCUCCCAACUCAAUUAUCACUGUCAGACCUCGGAGUCAGACUCUGGCUCCAGGUCCAGUCCUGGCUGACUUCCGUCCAGCUGCUCACUGAAGUCACCACACUGGAGGAGACGUCCACCCAUGCUCCCAGUCCGCAUAGGCUCAAGCGGUCUCACUGACUUCCCUGUUCCUUUCCACCUCCCCCACCCCAUCCCUCUAGAUCACAUACCUUUCAGAGCUCCUGAGUCUGCUGUCAUUACUGACCAAAUACCCAUGUUUGUUUGUUUGAGGAGACAGAGCAGGGGGUGUGGUGAAAGCACUUUGUCACUUACAGUAUCUGAGGACCCCCUGCUGCACUGAUGGGAGGUGGAGGUGGAGCUUAGGGGAGGGGAGCAGCAGUCUGUACAGAGGGGACAGCUCCAAGUGCUCUGCACCUAAGGGGCUCUUCUUCCUCUGCUGAGCGCUGGAGAACUUUUGCUGAACAGAAAAGGAGCAAGAGUCUAAAUAAAAACACUGUUUGUGUACAACCUGUGUUUAGAACUGGAUUUUCACCUGCUGUAAUUUACGCACAUCCUGACAGUUCAUGGUCAUCUUUAAUAAACUAAGGAAAAUAAAUCUUGCCUUUAUUUACCUGCCUU